AUGGAAAUGUUGUGUGGUUUUGGAAUAAGCAGUACUUUAUACCUGCAAAUGCAUUAUGGGUAUGCUCAAAGCUGGUUUGCAUUUGUGUCUACAAUAGCAGACCUACGCACUACUUUUCUGUUAUUUUUUCCAAUCUGGUUUCACUUGCGAACAGCAGUAGGAGUGAAGCUGGUAUGGGUUGCCGUAGUGGGAGACUGGCUCAACUUGCUUCUUAAGUGGCUCAUGUUUGGGGAGCGUCCUUAUUGGUGGGUUAAAGAAACUGCUCAUUACGGCAACUUAACUGUACCACAAAUCAGACAGUUCCCAAUGACCUGUGAGACAGGUCCUGGAAGUCCCUCUGGUCACGCAAUGGGAGCUGCAGGAGUUUAUUAUGCUAUGGUCACCUCACUGCUGCCAAUUUUGCAAGGCGGUGAUGCCAUGAAAAGAUGGUGCGUGCAGGGUCUUCUUUGGACUCUGUUCUGGGGUGUGCAGAUAUGUGUCAGUCUUUCACGGGUCUUCAUUGCUGCUCAUUUCCCACAUCAGGUCAUUGGUGGAGUUGUUAUAGGAAUUGCUGUGGCCAAAGCUUUUAACAGAGUUUCCUGGAUCUACUCAGCAAGUUUGAAGGGUUAUAUGCAAACCAUACUCUGUUUGCUAUUUGUUGCCGUUGGACUUUACAUCCUGUUGGAUGCUGUCUCAAUAGAUCCACACUGGAGCCUAAAAAAGGCACAGAAGUGGUGUAUUCAGUCAGAAUGGGUCCAUCUGGACACUACUCCUUUCGCAGGCCUCCUCCGCAACACCGGCGCACUGUUUGGCCUAGGUCUCAGUCUCCAUUUGCCUAUUCAGGGUGAUAUGGAUAAACAUUGUGGAAACAGUGUCAUCUAUAGGUUGACAUGUACUGCAGCAACAUUGUCACUCCUGAGCUUCAUAGACUCGUUCAGGAUACCAACUAGCACUCAUUCUCUUUUUUACCUGCUGUCUUUCUGUAAGAGUGCCACAGUGCCUCUGACCACAGUAAGAGUUGUACCUUAUUGCAUAAGCAUAUUAGCCAAUGUAUACCAGAGAAGUACAUUUGGCUGA